AAUCGAGCAACCCAAAACAAAACAUAACGGUACAGGGAAAUCAAGUGAAGGAGCUGUGCAAAAGGGAUGGAAUCGGUGAUGAUGGAGUUGGAGGUGGAUGAGAAGGACCUUAAAGCAGCUGGUGCCGAACCGUUGACCGACGGACGCCGUGGACUUGUGAUUCACGGCUGGGAGAUUGAGUCUCGCAAAGGGGCCAUUCUCAAUUCCUCCACUGUUCAAGAAUGGGAACAAAAGCUGGGGACAACGCAUUUGCCGGAGAUGGUUUUUGGGGAGAGUUGUUUGGUUCUUAAACAUGUUAAAAGUGGUACUAAGAUUCAUUUUAAUGCAUUUGAUGCUUUAGGUGGGUGGAAGCAGGAAGGUUUGCCACCAGUUGAAGUACCUGCUGCUGCACAAUGGAAAUUCAGGAGCAAACCAUUUGAGCAGGUGAUACUAGAUUAUGACUAUACAUUCACUACACCAUAUUGUGGAAGUGAAACAACUGAGCAUGGAAGUGGGAAAAUCUUGGAGGCAAGAUCCAGACUCCAGUGGGAGGACUGUGAGGAGCAUAUAGACAUGGUUGCAUUGGCAUCGAAAGAACCUAUUCUUUUCUAUGAUGAGGUAGUUUUAUAUGAAGAUGAAUUGGCUGAUAAUGGGGUGUCACUACUGACUGUGAAAGUGAGAGUCAUGCCAAGUGGUUGGUUCCUUCUCUUGCGAUUUUGGCUUAGAGUUGAUGGAGUACUUAUGAGAUUAAGGGACACCAGGAUGCAUUGUUCUUUUGGUGGUAGUGGAAACCCUAUCAUUCGUCGUGAGAGCUGCUGGAGAGAGGCUACUUUUCAAGCUUUAUCUACCAAAGGGUAUCCUAUUGAUUCUGCUGCAUAUGGUGACCCAAGCAUCAUCAGCCAGAGGCUUCCUGUCAUCAUGCAUAGGACCCAAAAGCUUAAAGUCUCUGGUAACUUAUAGGAUUGUAAAUUGUCAUAAGCAAAAGGAUCCAGAUCAUUCAAUGUUGUGAUUGUUGUGAAUUUGUUGUCUUUUUAGGUGGGUUCUAUACAGACAGAAAAUUGUUGUUUCCUUGGUUUUGAUAUAUGCUUUGUUAACUCUUUUGCUUGAUAAUUCUUUAAUGGUAACCAAGAAUAACCAUAUGAUUGCUUUUACUAA